AUGCUUGAGAAUGAAAAUGAUUAUGAUUAUCCUGCCAAUAUGUAUGACCCUCUCUUGAUUGAUCUCCAUUCCAAAGACCUCCAUGAAACAGUAUCUAAAGAACUUAAAACUCAAUACUUAUCGGAUACUCAACUAACAGAAUUAAAAGAAAUAAACGGCAUGAUAUUCGGCCCUAAUUUAAGAGUCAUUAUCUCUUUACCGGUUACUAUCAAGAAGAAAACAAAAAACGUCCACUUUAUUCUAGACACUGUUUCCCCAAAAACGUACAUUUGCGAAGAAGUGUACGAAUCUUUCAAACUACAAUUUCACACACCAAUUUACCAAGUAUUCAUAAACAACAAACGUUCUGUCGCUUACUUGCCACCCAUCGAUUCGCACUUUACGGAAAUAAACAUCUUAGGAAUGGAAUAUUUGAAAAGUUCUGGAACAAAUCUCAGCAUAAUUCUCACCAACGAUUAUGAUAAUGUUACUUUACAAUUUGAUCAUGAAAAAAAAGAAAUCUUCACUCAAUUACAAAUCACUUUUCAAGUAGAUCCCAACGUUCUAGGAAAAAUUCUAGGAACUUUUCUACUUGUUAUUAUUGUUUCGGUUGCAAUUAGUAACAGAAAACCCGGUUUCUUUCUUUUGAUCGCAGCCAUAUCCUUAUCUUAUAAUAUAUACAAAUCUUGUAUUGAAGUCAAUUCGUCCAAAGUUGAUGAGGAUGAUUUGGAGGAUUUUAUAAACACGCUCACGGAAGCCUGCAUUGAUGAUGUGACAGCUAAUUGGGGGACAUCUGAUUCAGAAGAGGAGACGCCUGAUGCCACGUUGACGACGACUCCGAUUCCGAUGAAUCAAUAG